GAUGAACCGGAGGGUUGGAAAGCCGCACCUUCGGCAUUUCUCGACGAAUUACGUGAGGGAUGUCAUCAAUACGAAACGAUUUGGGCACAUCGAGAUGAACAGGAUAAUUUUGCUCAACGUCAUGAUGAAGAGAUAAUCAAGGAAGAGAAACGCGCUGAAGUUGAAAAAGAAGUUCGUUUUCAAGUUGAUGAACUUUUGCGACAAGAAUUGCGAAACCUCAAGGUUGCGAUCGACAAGGAGAAGGUAAAACGUGUGGUCAAGAAGAGGGGUAAAAAAGGAAAGAAGGGCAAAAAGGGCAAACGAGGAAAAAAGGAAAAAGAUCUCACUCCAGACAGAACACUCAUUUCAUUGUACGAGGAAUUGGUCCUUGCGGGAAUAAUCAAGAAGGCUAAGAAAGUACCAAUCAGCAGUUAUUACGGUGAGUACUCAUUUUUGGGUACAACACUGCGCCAGGCCAACAUCGAACCUCAACCGUCACUCAGUGACGUUCGACGACUGAUUACCGAGUACGCCAUUCUUCCUUUGGGUAAGUAA